AUGCCUCCAAAAACUGCUCCAAAAAAAGCUGCUCCAAAGACAGCUCCAAAAACGGCUCCAAAGACGGCGCCAAAGUCGGCUCCAAAGGCAAAGUCUAAGCCCAAGUCAAAGCCGGCUAAAAAGGGCGGCCCCAGAGAGAAGCUCAAAUCCAAGUACAAGAGAAAAGAGCGUAAAAAGCCUUCUUCCAAAGACAAAAAAGAUGCCAAAAAGGCAGCAAAGUCAAGACCAAAGUCAAAGGUGGCACCCUCAACGUCAAAAGCAUCCGACUCAACUAGCAAGGGGGACAGUUCGGGGAAAGAUUCUGCUACCACAGCUACUGUGCCUGCCUGUCCUUCCAACAAAACCGAAUUCCCAAUGGAGAACUGUCCCAAUCCUGAGGACCUAAAGCCCACCGACAUUACCAGACUGUACAAGAUUCCGAAUAAUCAGUUCAAAACAGAAGGCGAUGUCAUCGCUCAGAAUGGAUACAUGCUAGAGGAAAAACUAGACGAGGGCGGCUUUGGGGUGAUCUUCUUUGCGAGGAACAAAAAGACAAACACUCGAGUUGCCUGCAAGAUGAUGGAACUAGGCUCCGACUGGGACGACGAGCGAGUGGCCGACAUGAAAAAUGAACUGUUCAUCAUGGAGAAGGUGAAGCACCUGUACGUCGUUCAGCUGCACAUUCACUUUAUCACACAGUCCAAGGCGGGCAAUCGCAUUUUCAUCUUUAUGCAGCUGGCAGACGGCGGCAACUGUGCCAAGUUUUGCCAGAAGAAGGGCGCCAUGACCGAGGAGGAGUGUAAGCUGUACCUGGCGCAGAUGCUCUGCGGCAUAAACUACAUGCACUCGCUUGGCAUUGCUCAUCGGGACAUUAAACUGCAGAAUAUACUUUUAGUCUCUGACAAAAACUCCAUCACGGGCGACUACACUCUGCUGGUGGCAGACUUUGGUCUCAGUCGAUGUCUUCGGCACGAUCGAGGCGGUAAUGUGGCGCUGAAUCGAACGAUAUGUGGCACUCCCGUCUUCAUGAGUCCCGAACUUCUGCUGAAGAAGCCAUAUAAUGCAUUUCAAGUUGACAUGUGGGCCGUAGGCAUUACACUGUUCAUCAUGCUUUCGCUGGAGCUGCCGUUUGACUUUCGCGACGAAGACGCCGUCGUGAAAGAGAUGGUCAUCCGAAAUUGGCACUGGCCCGAGGAGAAGAUGAAGGCAAAGCCAUCCGAGGAGCUGAACGGUCUGAUGAAGAAGCUUCUCGAGCCGGAGCCGAUGACUCGAAUCACAAUGGCGGACAUGUUGGUCCAUCCGUGGGUGGCCAGUGGCUACCAACGAGCACAGGCACUAGCUAACAAGAACAACAAAAAGUAG